AUGGGAACUGAGACAGACGAUUGGGAUGCUCUGAAGUCUCUCCCUGGCGGGAUGAGACAGGGACCACACAAAGGCUAUCAGUCUUUCGAGACAAGCAAGGCGCUUUUAAAGAAGACUUGCGUCCAGGCCUCGGUGAUUGCGGCGCUUAUUCCUGGCACCCGAUUCAUCGUCUUUCCCCGCCGGUUGGGUAGUCUCGUCGAUAUCGAUGAUGCAAAGGUUCUAGUAUUGAACAAGGGGCCGAUUUUAGUUUUCCGAGGAGACCUGGCGCAUGCUGGUGCAGAUUUCGAUGAAGAAAACGCUCGGCUUCAUUGCUAUUGGUCAAAGGCAUUGAGCAGAAGGAGGACACUACUGAGGCUGCUGCAUUUGCGAGAACUGAAGCUUAUUUGUGAGUCGAGGCGUCAUUCAGCUAACCACAUCCGGACAUGCAAGAGUGGAGGUAGUGGCGACGCGGAAGAAGACGAUGACGGAGCUGUCGAUGACGAAGGGGCUACAUGUGAGAGCUGCGGUAAGUACUUUGCAAAGAUAAACUCGUACUGUCAGCAUAGACGCCAUUCAAUACUUAAAGUAUACGAGCUGAAGGGAAGCAUCACUGAAGAGGAGCUGAAGUUAAUGAAUAGGGCGUUGUAA